AUGUCUCCUUCCCAGGCUUCCCAGCAGCCCACCACCAUCCUACAGCAGCUCUCUGCUGCCAUGUCAUCUCCCACUCCUUCCAUCCGGCCAGCACACGUCAAGCAGGACCUGGUGGACCUGAUGAUGAUCCAGAAUGCACAGAUGCACCAGGUCAUCAUGAACGACAUGACCAUGUCAGCCCUCAGCUCAUUUGGCUAUUCCCAGCCCCAGCUCCACCCUCCGUCUACCUCUGAGGAGGAGGAUCCAGAGGUGUACCAUUACCAGCCUACCCCGGCCUACCUGCCAUACCCAACCUGGUUGCCUCCACCCCAGCCUCACCCUAGCCUGGUCUACCACAACACUGCUGAACCCCUGGAGCUAGCACCCUCCCCACACGGAGACACCAUCAGGAGGGCGGUCCCACCUCCUCCCCCACCCAGUGCUACCAGGACCGUGUGGGGCUGA